AUGGUCGACUGCCAUUCCGGGAUGAAGACCAACGUGGUUCCUGCAUCCCUCGCGAGUCCCAUUGCCUCUCUUCGUGCCCCAGUGACUCCCGAGCGUCCGCCCUCAGACGCUGAUGGGCCCGGACACGGCCCAUCCAGCCGGCCGGCUCCUCCUGCGUUGCCACAGUGCGCAAGGGAUUUCAUAGCCCCCUCCGACGACCCCAACGUCGACGAGAUCGCAGACAACUCCGGCGAGCCAGAGACAGCUCCCCAAACCGACCCUCCGCCCAAACGCAAGCGGGGCCGUCCCCCGGGCAGCAAGAACAAGAAGACUCUCGCCGCAGAGGCCGCUGCCACCACCGCGGGCCCCUCCACCGAGGCUCCCCGCAGGCCGAGGGGACGUCCCCCGAAGAGGAAGCCCGAGGAAGAGAAGAAGGCCGAGGGAGGGGAGUCCUCCGAGCCCGCCCCAAAGCGCAAGAGAGGGCGCCCCCGCAAAAAUCCCCUCCCGGAGCCGUCCGGAGGCGAAGAGGGCGAGCCCAGCGCCGCGGGCGACGCUCCCCCUGCGAAGAAGAAGCGGGGGCGUCCGCGCAAGAACUCCAGUUGAGCGGCCGCCGCCGUCGCACCUGUCCAUACUUACCUUCGCCCACGCCCUGUUUCCCCAUCUACACCGACUCCCCCCUCCCGAAUCCUUCUCUGUACUGUAUAUUUAUUGCCGCCAUCCAUGACGCUUCAUGAUCUUGCCUAUGAACGCCCGUCCGUCCCGU